GCUCAUAAAGCGCACAGCGCCCAAGCUGCCCUGCGCUCCCUCUCCGCGCAUGCGCCCCGCAGCCCGGGCUGUCCGCUCUCUGGCUGGCGGCUGCGGCGAGUCCCCGCCAUGGAGUCCUACGAUGUGAUCGCGAACCAGCCCGUGGUGAUAGAUAACGGCUCGGGUGUGAUCAAGGCAGGUUUUGCAGGUGACCAGAUACCGAAGUACUGUUUUCCAAACUAUGUGGGCAGACCAAAGCACGUUCGUGUCAUGGCUGGUGCUUUAGAAGGGGACAUUUUCAUUGGGCCAAAAGCAGAGGAGCACAGAGGUCUGCUCUCGAUCAGAUAUCCCAUGGAACAUGCAUAGGUGAAGGACUGGAAUGACAUGGAGCGCAUCUGGCAGUAUGUGUAUUCGAAAGACCAGCUUCAGACUUUCUCAGAGGAGCAUCCUGUGCUCCUGACGGAGGCUCCCCUGAACCACGUAAGAACCGAGAGCGAUGCUGCUGAGGUUUUCUUUGAGACCUUCAACGUGCCAGCGCUUUUUAUCUCCAUGCAAGCGGUGCUCAGCCUUUACGCUACAGGGAGAACCACAGGGGUGGUGCUGGACUCCGGGGAUGGCGUUACCCAUGCGGUUCCUAUUUACGAAGGGUUUGCCAUGCCUCACUCCAUUAUGCGGAUCGAUAUUGCUGGCCGCGAUGUAUCCCGCUUCCUUCGCCUUUAUCUCCGGAAAGAAGGCUACGACUUCCACACGUCAUCAGAGUUUGAGAUCGUCAAAACAAUCAAAGAGCGUGCCUGUUACCUGUCAAUAAACCCACAGAAGGACGAGACGUUAGAGACCGAGAAAGCCCAGUACUACCUGCCAGAUGGAAGCACUAUUGAGAUCGGCCCUGCCCGUUUCCGAGCCCCCGAGUUACUGUUCCGGCCUGACCUGAUUGGAGAAGAGUGCGAGGGGCUGCACGAGGUGUUGGUGUUUGCUGUUCAGAAAUCUGACAUGGACCUGAGGCGAACGCUCUUCUCCAACAUUGUGCUCUCUGGGGGCUCCACGCUCUUCAAAGGCUUUGGAGACAGGCUCUUGAGUGAAGUGAAGAAACUAGCACCCAAGGACGUCAAAAUAAGGAUAUCUGCUCCUCAGGAGAGAUUAUAUUCCACGUGGAUCGGGGGCUCUAUUCUGGCCUCGUUGGACACUUUUAAGAAAAUGUGGGUUUCAAAGAAGGAAUACGAAGAAGAUGGAGCCCGUGCCAUCCACCGAAAAACCUUCUAGCCUGGGACCCGUCCUAAACUUGCUUUUCUGAGUCCGAGUGUCUGUGAGGAGCUCUGUGUGUGUGUGUGCGCACGCGUGCAAACAUGGCCCUGGAAUGUCACGGAGGAAAGAGGAGGAGAAGGAUUAGAUAACUUUUUUUUUUUUUUUUUUAAACUGUAGGAGGAAAAAUAACCAGGCCCCAUUUCUCUGGUAUGACCCAUUCCCCUUUGAUCUUCACUCCUCUUGUAGCCACCUCUCACUCUAGAGAAAGGGAAUGGCUUAGAAAUGGAACAGCUGGACAGAAGGGAUCUGACCACUGCAAGUCAACUAGUCAGGUUGUAGUCACGUAGCCUAAGACUCCAAACCCUGGUGUGUCCUUACCCUACGGCACUCCACAGCACUGGCUGCUUAGCUCUUUGUGGGUGCUCAGCAGCGAGUGUCUCACAGGCCAGUUCUUUUUAUUUUAUUUUUAUUUUAUACAGAAAAAACACAUUGGGAGCAGUUACAACCCCCUCCACUUUUGUGUGUGUGUGUGUGUGUGUGUGUGUGUGUAAACUCUUAGCCUGCUCCAUGGGUAUGGACCACAACCGCACAGCUGGAGCAACUGCUGAUAGGACUUAGUUUGUAUUGCAUGGUGUAGGUCACAAUCACCCCUCCUCUGCUCUGAUUGAUUGUACUAGCCGGUUAUGAUCGUAGUCUCUUGUUCACUGACGUUCCUUCUUGUGAAGCAGGUGCCCAGGGUGGGUACAAAGGCACUAGUGUGUUUGCUUUGAUUUUGUUUUGAGAGGUUUACAGUGCUGUGUCCUCUCUCUGUAAGAGAGGAAACGGCAUUUUCCCCCUUUCUCCCACAGCAGGGUCAAGAAACCAUCCAUUUUCAGCCAGACAAAACCUCUUCCAUUUGAUCCGUCCUUGGGC